CUCAGGUAACUCUAAAUUGGAGCAAAGAGAAGGCUCAGCCAGGUGAGCAGGUGUCCCUCACUGUAGCUGCAGCUGAAUCCAAAGUUCAGGUUGGAAUUGUGGUAAUGGGGGCAGACAGUUCAAUGCUUCAGUCUGCUCCGGAUUUCAAGCUCGAACAGAUUUACAACCUAAAGACGAUGAGCAAUGUGAGAGUGAAUAACAACAUGUUGCCUAGAAAUGAGAAUGAUCUUUUCAAUAAUCUGGAUAACGAUCUUACGGUUGAGAAGCACUGGAGAUACUGGAUGGACGGAACUGACUCUGUGUCCUGGUUUGACACUUUUGUAAGUGAUAAAUCGUGGACCAGUGAGAAAAUCACAGUUCCUGAUGGUGUGACUUUUCUGGGAGCUGUUGUUCUCGUCAUGUCAGAGAAUCUGGGUUUGGGUUUCACUCCGGUGCCACAAAAGUUGACGGUAUCCAAAGACUUCUCCUUGUCUCUUGUGGCCCCUCCACACAUCAUCAGAGGAGAGGAGAUUGUCCUAGAAGCAAACAUCUUCAACUAUUUAGAGCACAACCUUGAGGUCAUUGUGUUGCUUGCUCAGAGUGAAGCUUUCAAAUUUGUGUUGAGCAAUCAAAGAGACAUGUCUGUGAUAAACGCCAAGCAGUUGACCAUAGGGAGUCAUGCUUCUGCCUCAGCCUUGUUCCCUAUAGAGCCUUUGGUUCUGGGCGAGAUGGAAAUAUCAGUAGAAGCUGUAUCUAUGGAAGCUUCCGACAGCGUUGUUUGGAAGUUACUGGUGAAGCCUGAAGGAAUCGAGCAGUCGUCCUCUCAGACUCUUUUCCUGGAGCUGGCGCCGCAGUCAGACAGCUACUCCAGAUCCGUCUCUUUCUCCUUUCCACCACACGUGGUACCGGGCAGCCAGAUGGCUCGUGUGGCUUUGGGCGGUGAUAUCUUAGCGUUGUCCAUCAACAACUUGGAUUCACUGGUCCAGGUCCCAAUUGGAUGUGGGGAGCAGAACAUGAUCCACUUAGCUCCAAGUCUUUAUGUCCUUCAGUAUCUGGACAAGUCAGGCCAGGACGAUGCAGAGAUCAGAAGCAGAGCUUUGGGUUACCUGACUAAAGGAUAUAAGACGCAGCUGUCUUACCAACGAGAUGAUGGUUCUUUCAGUGCUUUUGGGGAAAGUGAUGCAUCUGGUAGCACUUGGCUGACAGCCUUUGUGCUGCGGUGCUUUCUCCAAGCUCAGACCUACAUCCAGGUGGACCAAGAGGUCCUGAUCCAAGCCCUGAUGUGGCUCCUGAAGCAUCAGGGCCAGCAGGGGGAGUUCUUGGAGGUGGGCAGGCUCAUCCACACAGAAAUGCAGGGAGGAAUGGAUGAUAGCUCAGUGGCUCUCACUGCAUUUGUGCUGGUGGCCUUCCUGGAAGAUGACUCUUAUAAGGAAAAGUAUGCAAGCAACGUGUCUCUAGCCCUGAACUACCUGGAGAACAAACUGUCCACCGGUGUGGUCAGUAACUACAGCCUGAGUCUGGUGGCUUAUGCAUUAGCUCGAGGGAACCGUCCUCUAGCAAGCAGAGCGCUCACUGAACUGAAGAACAGAGCUGAUAAUAUUGGUGGAGUCAUGAUGUGGACUUCCUCUGCUGGCCUGAACUCACAUGACCUCAGCAGGGUACAGUCAGCACAGAUUGAAAUGGCUGCUUACGUGCUGCUGGCUCUGUUUGUGCGUGGCAGUUUCAUCGAAGGCAUUGAGCUGAUGAAGUGGUUAAGUAUUCAGACGAACCAUCUGGGGGGCUUUGGGACAACUCAGGAUACAGUUAUUGCACUACAGGCUUUGGCUUAUUAUGCAGCAUUCAGCGGCGCUAAUGCUAUAAACCUGAAAAUUGACAUGUCUUCAUCGACGUCUUCGUUUAAGAUGUCAUUUAACAUCAACUCUACCAACUACCGGAUGUGUCAAAACCAAAAGAUUAAUGCUGAAAAAGAUUUGCCUUUGAACAUGUACAUACAAGGACAGGGAUUUGCUCUGGUUCAGCUUAAUGCCUUUUACAACGUGGAGAACCAGACAUUUCUGCAAAGCCCCCAGCAGGUUUCAGAUGAGGAAGCAUUCUCAUUGAAUAUUCAUCUUGCUGAAGCCAGUAACCACAGCAACAUGAUCUUGACUAUAUGCACAAGACUGAAAGACAAUCAGAUAAUACCCAACACUGGAAUGGUUAUUGUGGAUGUGGGCAUGCUGAGUGGGCUUGGUCUACUUCCUGAAGCAACCUUCCCCUCAGAUUUGGUUAGGAAGGUGGAAAGUACGCCUGAAAAAGUCCACCUGUACCUGGACUCACUCAAUAAGACUGAGGUUUGCAUGAGACUUCCCAUCAUCAGAAACUACAAAGUGGCUCGGGUUCGGGAUGCCAUGGUGUUGGUUUAUGACUACUAUGAACCCACCAGGAGAGCAAAAAGAACCUACAACUCCGAGAGUCUUUAUAGCAGGGAGUCCUGCUCCUUCUGUGGAGAAAACUGUAACCUCUGCCAAUCUGGAAUCCACAUCUCAAUGAGCAACUCACAAGCAGCUGAUGACAGAACCUUCCGCUUGAGCUUUUUGUUUCUCGGAGCUGCCCUUGUUAGUCUUUUUGCAGUUUGAUCGGUAAAAUGUGUUUGUUUUAACUGAAAAAUUUAGGGUGAGGGGAGUUUUUGCAUGCUGCUUUAAUGUCAUUUACUGUGAGCCGAGAGAUAAAGCAUGACUUUUUUUUUUUUUUAGCAAACAUCAAUAAAAACAGUGAAUCUUUGUAGUCGGCUACUGUUUUACCUCAAUGAAGCAAUAAAAUGUACAUUUGUGUACCUCUUUUGGUUUGCAUUCCUCUAUGUGUCCACAUGAUUUGACUGAAAUACAAAUGCUGAAUAAAGAACCGCCAAGGGUGAAAUUAAAGGAGACUAAACCCCA